AUGAGACGCCUCGAGGUCGCCGCGCUCGCCCUCCUCAUCGCCGGCGCCGCGGCCGCCGCCCUCGUCCUCUUCCUCGCCCUCUGCCGAGACCGCCGCCGCCGGGGGAGCAGCAUCAUCAAGCGGCCCGCGGCGCCCGAGCUCCCGCUCUCGACGCCCCGCGCGCCCACCACCACCACCAAGGGCUGGCGCCACCACCAGCACCACCUCGCCCUCCUCCUGCUGCUCUGCUCGGGCCGCCGCCGCCGCCUCCGCGCGCGCGUCGAGCCGGCCGCCGCGCCGCCGGGCUCCCGAACGACGCCGACGGACCCGCCGUAUCCGGCCGACGCGCCGCCGCCGUCGUCCACGUCCACGGCGGUGCUGGAGGAGGAGGUGGCGGCGUGGCGGGAGCGGUGGUUCGGCGGCCCCGUCUCGCGGGCGCUCUACACCAUCUACGAGGAGCACGACGAGGAGGAGGAGGAGGAGGAGCCCGCGGGCGCCGGCGACGGGCAAGAGACGGAGACGCCGUUCUACACGCCGCCGACGUCGCCGCCGCCUGCGGGCGACGGUGGCAACAACGGAGCCACCGCGUACGCCGUUCCGAUCCAACUGACCCAGUGA